GCGCACUAUAUGUAAUUUGUGACUCGCAGACCAGAGCACAGUCAGUCAGUGACAGCUGAAGCUUGACUAGAGACCGGACAGAGAGGGACAUAAAGCAACGACACGAAGGAUCAGACGGCAACCAGAAACUUUUACUUGUAUCUGAGGAAGUUUUGCCACGUGUAGAAUAAGCGCAAAUAUGAAGUCCAUGUACCAUCAGCUGUUAAGUCUUCUCUUCGUCCUCGGAAGCCUGCAGAUCAACCAAUUGACAGAGGCUUGUUCGUGCGCACUGUCGCACCCUCAAGAGGCGUACUGCAACUCCGAUAUAGUGAUCCGUGCCAAGGUCGUGGGCAAAAAGCUGCUGAAGGAUGGACCCUUUGGCACCAUGAGAUACACCAUUAAACAGAUGAAGAUGUACAAAGGCUUUGAAAAAGUGCAGCAUGUUCAACACAUCUACACUGAUGCUUCUGAGAGCCUCUGCGGAGUGAAGUUCGACAUCAACAAAUACCAGUACCUGAUCACAGGCCGUGUCUUUGACGGCAAGGUCUACACUGGCCUGUGCAACUUCAACGAGCGUUGGGAGCGCCUUUCCCUGGCCCAGAAGAAGGGCAUCAACCACCGCUACCAGCUGGGCUGCAACUGCAGGAUUAAGCCCUGUCACUACCUGCCAUGCUUUGUGACUUCAAAGAACGAGUGCCUGUGGACGGACAUGCUGUCCCACUUCGGCUACCCCGGCUACCAGUCGCGGCACUACGCCUGCAUCCAGCAGAAGGAAGGCUACUGCAGCUGGUAUCGGGGGAUGACCACACGCGACAACACCACUGACCCUUGAACCCCGUAACGCCACUCCGCCGAAAUCCCCCCCCCCCCUUCAAACCCCCCCUGCAUCCCAUUCCACUCUUGAUCCUUAUUUUCCCAACCUGCUCCAAACCACGCACUCCCUCACCCCUGGGACUUGUUAACUCUCGAUUCUGCCGACUACGCCAAUGAAGCAGUGCCUGACUCUCUGCAGUAGUAGCACUUUUGAAAUAGACUGUACCCUUUACCUGACACACUGUACAUUUCCAACCUGCCUAAGUCCCUCGAUUUGCAUGCUUCUGUUAUCAGCCCAUCUUACACCCCCAAACCAUCCCCCCUCCUCACACACACAGUUUUGAGAAUAUAACAUCCCUUGGUGCCCCUCCCCCCCACUCCUUAAGAAACACAGGACUUUCUUCAUAAGAGCUGUAUUAACAGCAAAGUGGAGUAUGCUGAACGUACAUUUCAGAACAAAUAUGUAAUGUUAUGUAAAAAUCCAUACAUUAGGUUUAAGGCUAAUGCAUAGCCUUACAAAAGCAUAAAAAAAGACACGAGAGACUACCGACACCAUGUAUAUCUUCAUAAGUGAGUCUCGAUAACACAUCGUCACUAUUGAGAGAGCAGUGUUAACCACGAGGUAUGAUUGUUAAACCCAUGCCUCUUCAUGCAGUCCCCAAAAAAUAUUUUUGUUUAAGUCAGAUGUAUUGGUAUUUAAUUGUUUCGAAUGAUAUAAGUUUAUAUGUACGUAUAGACAUGUGUACAUCUGUCCAGUGUAUUAUGUAAAGUAUUUAUGAUUUAUGAAAUUCUGCCACCCUUUUUUUGUGCUGUAGAGUUCAGCAAUUUAUCCAUAACCAAAUCCACAGGAAAUGUACUCAUUAUCACUAAUAUUCAAUUGACCUUUUAAUCUUAUGAACUGUAAACAGAACAUAUGGUAGUCAGAAUGAACUUUAUAGCACAAAUAUCGGGAAUAUAUAUAUAUUCAAAUUGCAAUUGACAUUGUUGCAAUGUACUUUUCUUUUGCUGUUUAUGAUAUAAGCUAUAAAAAAUACGAACGCUGCCAUGACUGAUACUUUCCUAUCAAGCUCACAUUUCCUAAAUCGAACAUAUGAGAAAACACUGGCUCCAUAUGCCACGUAUGGUUUUUGUAAGCUAAAACCACUUCGACAAACUCCUCUAUUCGCAUCUGAAUGUGUCUUGACAGGCUGGAAGUAGAAUAGUAGAUAACACACAACGAUAAAAUGGCCCUUAAAAUCAAAACAGAAACAUUGCUUUAACUCCCGGCUCAUGUUUUGACCUGCUGAAUCCUCCAGCGGAACGUUAUGUUUAUGUCGAUUCACAGAUAUCACAAUUGGGCAACGCUUCAUACCAGGCAAACAAAUGCAUGGUUCCAGUCAGACACCAAAUUCGCCAUGCACUGAAUCUACCACAAAAAGUGUUAUGUCAGUGUUGACUUUUAUGUUCGGUUUGUGGAAAGUGCCGCCGAAUUAUUAGUAAUGUCUAUGUGAAAUCCAUGCCCUGCGAGGCAAACCAAUGGAACAAGACAUAUGCCCACGACUGAAUCUUAGAGGUUACCUGCAAAGUUGAAUUUCACCAACGACUGAUUGCCAUGUCUGUAUUUGUAUUCGUUUUCAGUGGUGGUACUUUAUCUUUCACAAAUUCUGCUUUGGUACUCCCAUUAAUUUUCUUUCUUUUUCAGUUCUGCGGAUAAUAUCCACAAAUCAGACAUUUCUUUAAUAGCAUUAAAUCAUUUCAGAAACACACCAAUCCUCAGUUUAGCUCACUGAACAUUACUUACUGGCCUCACAGCUGGGAGGUUUUUGACAGUAUCUUCAGUUCAUUCCUUUGCAAGAGGCUGAGAUUUCCUGAGUGCGAGAGAUGACUAGACUGCUUUUUGCAGCACGGAUGCUGAUAUGUCCAUCCUUAUUCUGUGACCUGCUUUAGAUUUGUUCAAGGCCAUAUUUCAGAGACAAGGAAGAGAUAAUACUUAGAGACAUUUAUAUCAAUCUAGUACAGUACAGUUCUUUACUCAGUCACUAAAUACUUUAGUCACUUUAAUCUGUACCUCUCCCCCGAGAAGAUGUAGCUACCCUGUCAGGUCCAGCCGAAAACAGCUAUUAAAAGCUUCUUCAACAUUUGUCGGAGGUUGAGACAGACUCCACAAGUGCAGCAGCUGGGCUUUGAUACAAAUGGCAAAAUGGCCUCUUUCCCCACAACGUGAUACAAGAAAUCACAAACUGCUCCAGCAAGGCCUGCUCCUCCGUCCCCUCAGCACCGCCAAAGUUUCGACUGUGCCUAUAUGCACACACUGACUGACUGAUAAACAUCGCACACACGUUUAGUCCAGGCCUACUUUCAAAGCCUCUGGUAUACUGGGGGUCUUUGUUCCAGUGACACUGUAAUCAGCCAUCUGGUCGUACAUUAAAGCAUCUUGGUCUAGUCUAGACACUAGCAUCUGUUCCUCUCUCGUUCUCUUUAGUGGUUUCAUCUAAAGCCCAUCUUUAGUGAGACCACCUCAUGAGAAGAUAAAGUAUCUCAGUCUGUUUUUUUUUUUUUUUUUCUCGUUUGUUUCUUUGUUUUUUAUUCAUCUUAGUGUAAAUAUACUGCUUAACAGAGGAAUGCACCAUGGUGAAGGUAACACAUGUAUGGGAAGCAGUUUUGGAGAAGAGACCUUGGGUGUAGAUGGGAAUCGCUUUGUACAGUGCAUUGAGAGUGAAACACUGAUUCCUAAAGAAGCAUCUGAUUUCCUGUAGGGCUUACAGAAAUGUUCGACUUUUAAUUUCUGUGUUUUAUAUUUUUAUAAUAAAGAUUUAAUUAAAAUGG